AUGGAGGUUAGUGAGAAUCUGAAAAAUGAGCCAGAAGCUAUAAAAACAUCAACCUCGAGCACUUGGGAUCAGUUAGCACCAACACAGAUGAGCAAUGAGUUGCUCAACGAACGAACAUUUCGAACUCGUUCAAAAUCAGUUUCUCAUUCAACAAGCACUCACCAGACCGCAAAAUUAAGUAGUAUUGAUGAUGAUAUAACUGCUGAAGUGCAAUCAUGGGAGACUACUUUAGAAAAGGCUAUUAAAGCCAUUGUUUCGAUUAAAGCUAAUCAUGUAAGAAGUUUUGAUACCGAGACUUCAGGUAAACAUUUAACUUCUCUUUUCAUCGCCUAUUCACGAUUAAAUGAUUUAAUGACAUGCGGCGAUUAUUCAGCUACAGGAUUUAUUGUUGACGCUGAAAGAGUAUCACCAGCUCCCAUCGUAGCUCAGGCUGUCUUUACUAAUUAUGAAGAGGUAGAAUUAAAACCAAUAUACCGAGAUCCAAUUCAUGAUUUUGGUUUCCUUAAAUUUGAUCCUAAAAAAGUAAAAUUUAUGGAACUUGUUCAAAUACCUCUAAGCCCAGAAAAAGCCAAAGUAGGAUUAGAAAUUAGAGUCGUAGAAUAUGGUGUUGGUGAAUAUAAUGAUUUCAACACAUUUUAUUUGCAAGCUGCUUCAGGAACUAGUGGUGGUUCAUCUGGAAGUCCUGUGCUUGAUAUUGAUGGAAAUGCUGUUGCCCUGAAUUCUGGUAGUGCUAGCAGAGCUGCAUCCAGUUUUUAUCUCCCUUUAGAUAGGGUGAAACGUGCACUUCAAUUUCUUCAAGAAGGAAACAAUGUGCCGCGUGGCACCAUUCAGACCGAAUUUGAACAUAUGCCUUAUGAUGAACUCCGUCAUUUGGGUCUUGAUCCUAGUAUUGAAGAACAAGUUAGGGAAGAAUUUCCAGAUGAAACUGGUUUGUUGGUUGUUCGCGUAGUUUUACCCAAAGGUCCAGCUGAUAAUACUUUAAUUCCGGGUGACAUAGUAAUUUCGGCUAAUAAAGUAACAGUCACCGAUUUUCUUGGUUUGUUUUCGCUUAUUGAUGAUUCUAUCGGUGAAGAUAUCUGCCUCAAUAUAUGUCGAAAUAAAGUAAUUGAAGAAGUUACUGUUCGUGUACAAGAUCUUCAUGAUAUUACACCGAAUAGAUUUGUAGAAAUUGGUGGUGGUGUCGUGAAUGAAUUGUCGUAUCAAUUAGCGCAUUCUUAUUCUCAACCUGUUGGUGGACCUUUUAUUGCCGCAAGUGGACAUAUGCUUGGUGGUGCAUCGGCGUAUCGUGAAUGCAUUAUUGUCAGCGUCAAUAAUCAAUUGACACCUAAUUUAGAUGAAUUCAUUAAUGUUAUGAAAACACUUCCAGAUGGAGCAAGAGUGCCCAUAAGGUUUUAUUCUCUUUCUAAAAUUCAUAAAGAAUAUGUUACAAUUAUGAACGUAGAUCGACAUUGGCACAAAUUUCAAGUAGCAGUUCGUGAUGAUACCACCGGCUUAUGGAGUUAUACUGAAAUGCCACCGCCUCCGGUCAUUCAUUCAUAUGAACCGAUAACCGCAUCAUAUCAAACUUUACACGCCUCGUUAAGAAUUGGCGAUAUUUUUAUUACUUUUGGUAAUAGCGUAAUUAUACCGGGCAAAAUUCUUUAUCUUCAUCCUACCUACAAUUAUGCAGUUCUCACUUAUGAUCCAAAGCUCUUGGGUGGUACACCUGUUCGUGCAAUUGAAUUUAGUGAUAAAGAAUUAGAUCAAGGUGAUGAAGUAUAUCUUAUAAGUGUGGCAGGUGACUCGUCACCUGUAAUGAAAAAAACCUAUGUAAAUCAUAUUGGUGAUGUCGAUACAAGGGAGUGUAACCCUCCCAGAUGGAGAGCCAUGAAUGUGGAAGGAAUAACUGUAGAUGAUGCUAUAGGAACGCAGGGCGGAGUUUUGUGUGAAUCCAAUGGUAGAGUACAAGCCAUUUGGCUUAAAUACUCAUCUCAGAACGAUAGCGAGAACGACUACAUAUUUUAUUGUGGUCUUCCUAUAUCGAUAGUACUACCUACUAUAGAAAUGAUCAAAAUUGGGCAAUAUCCACAAUUACGUGGGUUAAAUGUUGAAUUUUGGACGCGAAGAAUAGCCACAGCUCGUGCUUAUGGGCUUUCUGUAGAAUGGAUAAAAAGAAUAGAAUCUGCGGCAAAUUCAAAAUACACCAUGCUAUACGUAUUAAACAUAUUGGAUUUUACAAGUCCAGCUGGUAAACUUCUAAAAGUUGGUGACAUUGUACUGAUGAUGAAUGAUCGUUUAGUGACUAGGAUGGCAGAUUUACCACGUGCUUAUCAUCAGUCCGAAGAAGUAGAUAUGGCAGUUUUAGAACAAGUGCGUAAACCUCCUACGGGUGUAUACGUGUCUUGUACGCUUUAUGGAUCACCCGCAUCUAUCACAUUCCACCCCGGUAUAUGGAUUGUUGAAGUGCAAGGAAGAAAGGUUCAUGAUCUAGAUUCCUUCUUAGAUGCUGUUCAUUUACAUGAAAAAGAACAGAAAGAAAAUGAAGAUAGUGAUGGAUAUGUUCGAAUAAAAACUAUUGAUAGAAGAGAUGUUACACAUGUAGUAGCGAUGAAACUUGUUCCCCAUUAUUGGGACACGUGGGAAUUGGUGGAAGAUGAUAGUACACAAACAG